AUGCAAUCCAAAUACACACUGGCUUGUGAUGAAUACUUAACUUGUGACUACUCUCGAUUCGAGAGCCAUUUAGAGGCAAUACAAUUGCAAUUGGAUAAACAAAGUGAAAUUCUACAAAGGUUCGAGCAAAAAUUCGAUAAGAUUCCACAGAGAUUAGAGAGCAUAGAAAGUAAUAUACGGGAACAAAUCAAGGAAAAUUUAGGUGAAAUCAGCGACAUUAAGGAAAUAGUGAAAACCCACGAUGUUCUAUUAAAUAGCUUUAGUAAAAAGCUUAAGAAUGUGGAAAAUAUAUUGAAAAAAGCCAGUUGGGAAACCAGUACUCGUCAGCUGGGUGAUAGUAUAUCCAAUAAAUUAACUUUAUUACAAAAUAUUGAUAAGAAAUUAACAAAUGUUGAUACUACAACAAUGGAUCAAAAUCGAUAUCUACAGAAAUAUCUAAAUCAAACUGAAGCAACCAAGAUUUGUCUAGAGACCGAUGAUCAGACAUUAGUUUGUACUACCCAAUCAUAUCCCACCAGUUGUGCUGAUUUUAAUACAAACCAUUGUGGAAAUAACAAAUGUCGCAUACACAAUCAGCUUUAUGGGCCAAAACCAUUUUGGGUCGCAUGUGAAGGUGGUGGUUGGACUGUAAUCCAAAGACGCAUUAAUGGCUCCGUAGAUUUCUAUCGCGAUUGGUCUGAAUACAAGGAUGGCUUCGGUAGUAUUGAUGGAGAAUUUUUUAUCGGCUUAGAUAAAUUACAUGCUUUAACGACUACACUCCAACCCAUGGAACUGUUGAUACAACUACGAGACUUUAACGAUUCUUCGACCUAUGCCAAAUAUGAUGAAUUUGUUGUUGGUAAUGAAACGGACAAUUAUAUAUUAAGUAAGGUGGGUAAAUAUUCUGGCAAAGCUGGAGAUUCAUUUAGCUAUCAUCAGGGAUUUAAAUUUACUACCAGAGAUCGUGACAAUGAUCGUAACGAGUUUAAUUGUGCCAAGUCGUGUCAAGGAGCAUGGUGGUAUGCAACAUGUUUCCAAAGUAAUUUAAAUGGUAAAUACUACGAUAACGAGGAUACGGCUAAAAGCAAAUAUGGCAUCUGUUGGAAUCAAAUUAAUGGUUGCGAUUAUGUUUUAAAAUAUGUUCAAAUGAUGAUUAGACCUAAAAAAUAGAAAUUAAAACUAAACAUUAGUUUUAAUUUCAAAAUCAUUUUGUUUUCUUAUUUAAUUAUAACAUACGUUUUUAAAAAAUUUUAAUUAUUUUGUUAAAACUCCAACAGCUGAAUACUGCUUCUAAAACUACUGAUUUUGAGCGAUAUGUGUUUUCGAAUCAAUAACAGUUGAAUAUACAGAGUGUUUUUUAUAGAGGAGGACAGCUUUAAAUUGAAAUACAACAGAGAAAAACGUUUUUAUUGGAUAUAUGUAUGACUAUGACUGUUUAGCUUUUAUUUUGAAACAUUUGUAAAUUUAUUCAAAGAAUUUUCAAUAUACAUACAUA